AGGGGUCCUUCGUUUAGCGCCAGAUUCAGUUCUUUCUCAGUAGUAUUUUGAAGAAACGAGGAUAGCUAGCUGGAGAAGUCCCUGAAAUCAUCAAGUAAGAUCUGCUUUUUUUAUCGGGAAAGGCUUGAUCUUAAAAUUCCAGGAAAUGGAUGGUGAUGAUGACCUGGACCUUCUAACAGAGCUGCUGGCUGAGAACGAGGCUGGAGAGGAGCAGCAGGCUAGCCAGGAAGCGGAGGACAACCUAGAUGACCUGUUUGACAACGAUGAUGAUGAUGAAGAGUACAGGGAGGGACUGGAGGGAGAGGGUGGGGAGAGGGAGGAAGAGGAUGGAGCCGUUGCCCUCUUUGGAGAUGUGGAUGGCAUUGAAGAGGAGGAAGAAGUUGAAACACAGCCGUCUGUAGGGGAGGCUCCGGACAACCUCAAUAAAUCCCAAGAAGAUUUACAAGAGGAGCUGAGGUGUAUGCAGGAGCAGAUGCAGAGGCUGCAGCAGCAGCUAGAGGCCUCCCAGAAGAGCUCUACAGCCACCUUUACCACAAACAGCAUCCCAGGAACAAAGGCACCUUCUAAAGCGAACACUCCCUCACAGGGUCCCCCCAAACAGAGCUCCUCCAAGCCAGUUCGUCCCACACAGAAGACCAAGCCCCAAGCAGGUAAUACUUUCAUAUGUUUUUUUGUGUUUCCAUUGUGUUUCAGGAUGUAUUCUCAUCAAAUAGGAAMGCCCUCGUCUGCCCCAGAMCGAGGAGACGGCACCAAGCUACAGGAGUCCUCCGACUUCACCGCUCAGCUCAACAACGCUGACCUGUUCAAACGCAAAGGUCAAAGGACAGCUCACCAGGUCCAGCCYAGCGCUACAGCAGCCGCUACAGACACCAGAGGKCCACUGGUGGAGAUUAAGACUCACAGCUCCUUCCAGCCAAUAGCAAGCAGUAGUAGGACCAACAGUACCCUACGUUCAUCGCUACCUUCCCAGUCCAAUGCUGCUGCGGCCCUGUCCGCCGUACGACAGGCCAACCCCCUUCCAUCUCUCCCUAAAGACGUCGCCAUCGAGAAGUACUCUGGACUGCGGCUGAGGCGACCACGCGUGUCCUCCACGGAGAUGGACCGUAAGAUGGCCGACCGCAAGCUGAUUCGGCUCUCCCAGUUGCCUGAGCGCCUGGCCCGGGAGAAGCUGGAGGAGUGCGACUGGGUCACCUUCGCUGUGCUGGUCAACAAAGCCACACCACAGAGCAACAGCAGUGUUAAGACGUUCAGCAUCUGGACGUCUGACCUCCAUGACCUGGAAGUGUACGUGUCUCUCUUCCUGUUUGAGGUGCAUAAGGAGCACUGGAAGACUGAGCCAGGCACCGUCAUGGGCAUCCUCAACCCCAACCCCAUGAAGGCCAAAGACGGAUAUGACGGGUGUCUCUGUCGGUGGGACCACCAUCAGAAGGUGUUGUUGAUGGGGGAGGCUCAGGACAUUGGCACCUGUAAGGCAGCCAAGAAGAACGGAGACCCCUUCCAGAUUGUCAACCUGUAUGAGUGCCAGUACUGCCAGUACCACGUCAAGGCCCAGUAUAAGAAGAUGAGUGCCCAGCGKGCCGAGCUGCAGUCGUCUUUCUCGGGGAAGGCCACGGGGAAGGUCAAGGGGAAGGGCAACAGCCUGAAGGAACGACUGUGUCAGACCGGCUUCCACUACGGAGGCAUGUCCUCACCAGCCUGCGCUGCCGCACUGGGUUUUAACGAGGGAGAUGAUAUCUUGUUUUUUGAUCACACCCCUCCUCCGCCCCCGACGCCACACAGCCUAUCAGCAGCCAAGUUGGCUGCUCUGAAGAAGCUGAGAGUGAAGGGGGCUGGGCUGGCCAAAGAAGACCCCAACGCUGUGAAGAGGAAGAGGAGCAGCAGCACUGACAUCACCACCAGGGUACAGAAGAACCUGUCCUCGCCCGAUGGUGAACAGCCUGGGGCCAAGGAGGAGGAGCCAGCCCAGAAGAAGAGGCGGGAAAAAAUGGACUACGUCCAAUCAGAGGAGUUCAAGAAGAUCCUCAACGCCAAGUCCCGGCACGGGGCCGAGCUACAGGCGGCAGAGUACCAGCAGCAGGAGAGUUACUUUGACCCCCUGGUGAAGAAGGAGGCGAUGGAGGACAAGAUGAGGAGCAUCAGAGAGCAGAAGUGUCGAGCCGUCAGCUGUAAAAAGUGUAAGUACACAUACUUCAAGCCUGCUGAUCGCUGUGUGGAGGAGAAGCAUGAGCUGCAGUGGCACGACGCCACCAAACGCUUCUUCAAGUGCCCCUGUGGACAGAGAGCCAUCGCACUGGACCGCCUGCCACACAAACACUGCAGGUGAGACACGUACACACACACGCACGACAGUUUUUAUCACGGCCGGUUGUGAUA